AUGUGGACUUUACAACUUAAAUCAAUUAUAUUAAGUUGUUUGGUGGUUUUACCAUCGAUUUGUCAUGCUAAUGAUAACAGUCAAGCUGAUAUAAUAGAUAAAAUUUCAUCACAGAAAGAUUAUUCUGAUGAACAAGUGUAUAGAAUCUAUUCUGAUAACACUACAGAACUAUUGCGUGAUAUAAUUCUUCCUAUAGUGAAGGAAUCCCAAUAUGAUAUAUGGUUAAGAAAUUCGAAAUAUGUGGAUAUUCAACUUCAUAAAGAAGAUAUGGUUAAAAUAGUUGAUUUUCAGCAAGGUAUAUUGGAUUAUGAAGUUUUUGUAGAAGAUAUAAAUGAGAAGAUUGAACAGACGAUGCCCUCAGAGAAUGAGAAUGAGAACAACAAUGAUAUAUUGGGGAAUUUACGCCUUAAUGAUAAUGACCAAAUAGGCUUUAGUACAGAUGAUCAUAUUUCGGAGAUUUUAGGAGAUAUUUUUUUCAAUGAAUAUAGAAAUUUGAAUACCAUUGAAAUAUGGUUGAAAUUAUUACAAGAGACGUUCCCAGAUUUUGUUAAAUUAGAAGAAAUUGGUACUACGCCACAAGGGCAUUCCUUGAAUGUUGUUCAUAUUAGUGCGCAUAAUUAUAUUGAUAAUCCAGAUAAGAAGACAAUCAUCAUUACAGGUGGGCUCCAUGCAAGGGAAUGGAUUAGUAUAAGUACGGCAUGUUAUACAAUGUAUGAGUUGUUAUUAAAUUAUGGGAAGGAUAAGAAAGCAACCAAAUAUUUAGACUCCUUAGAUUUUAUAUUUGUUCCUGUUUUCAAUCCUGAUGGAUAUGAUUAUUCAUGGACCACAGAUCGUCUAUGGAGGAAAAACAGACAAGCAACGUCGAUUGAGAGUUGUCCCGGUCUUGAUAUUGAUAGAUCGUUUGGAUUCCAAUGGGCCAAGUCUCAUGAAUUCCCAUGUAGUGAAAGUUAUAAUGGAGAAGUACCAUUUGAAGCGCAAGAAGCACAAUAUUGGGAUAUAUAUUUAAGAGAAAUCAAGAAAGAUUAUAAAAUAUUUGGAUAUUUAGAUUUGCAUUCGUAUUCUGAAGAAAUUUUAUAUCCAUAUGGAUAUUCGUGUGAUGCGUUACCCCGUGAUAUAGAGAAUCUUUUGGAAUUAGCAUUUGGACUAGCAAAAGCCAUUAGAUUAACCACCAAGAAAAAUUAUGAUGUGAUUGCAGCAUGUAAAGAUAGUGGCUCUGAUUUGACACCGGGGAUUGGAGGUGGUACAGCAUUGGAUUAUAUGUAUCAUAAUAGAGCCCGGUGGGCAUUACAAUUGAAAUUAAGAGAUUCGGGAAAUCAUGGGUUUUUGUUACCAUCUAAGUAUAUUAAACCUGUUGGUAGAGAAACGUACGCAUCAUUAAUGUAUUUUUGCGGAUUUAUAUUAAAUCCUGAAAUUUAA